CUUUGACGUCGAUAUGGUCAUGGAGGCGAGCUUCUGUAUCGCUUAUAAACUCUCACAUUUCUCCAAACAUCACAUCUCAUUACCAGGUUCCUCAUACUGUUCCAAUUAAAUUAUCAGUGAUCCAAGAAACCAUACUGAAGAAAAACAACGAAAAACUAAGAAAAAAGAAAACAACAAAAAAAAUGCCUGAUUAUAGCUCCCACUGGAAGGCGCUGGUCAAGGAUUUACGAGUCCUUGGCAGCAUUUCCAUCGAUUCCUACUGCGAUCGCCUGUACAACAAGGCAAGAGCAAGCCGCAGGGCAAAACACCUAUCGAAAUACCUCGGCCGACGGGACAGAUACCCACCAGAUGACGUCCAUGCCGAUGAAGAGACGCUGGAUGGAUUAAACAUUUUCACUCUCAUCGGGAGACUGACCGAUGCCUCAAUGGCUAAGGCCGUUUCCAAUGUAGACGACAAGCAGGAUACCCUUGGAUUGAAGAAAUUCAUCAAUCCUACUAAUGCAGAGAGAACUGAUCUCCAACUCGCCACCAAUCUGUUCUCCUUUUGCCUCGCGGAGCAUAUCAACUUCAAUGAACACUCUUCCAUCCAUCGAUCUCUGCAUGAUCUGGGAGCCCUCCAGGGCUUUGCAAAAUACGUUCAUAAGAAGGCCAAGGACCCGUUCUUCAUCAGAGAGCAGAUAGUGCACGACAAAGACGUCAGCAACCAUUUCUUCAGUGUCUGUGUGCUCUUCAUCUGCGAUUAUCUGGAGAAAAGAACCAGUGAACCCGACAUUUGGGGCGCAGAGCCCCUCCCUGCGUACGAUGACAAGUACAAAGAGAGUCCAAGUUUCAGUAUCGUCAAGGAAUGGGAGAGAUAUAUGUGGGAAAACGGAGGUAAGACGGACGAAAAGGAGAUGGACAAGAUCGUCGAGUUCUGUGGUAAGGUCAGCUCGGGUGUAUUCUGCCCCCCCACCACCACAGGCCGGUUGGAGCCCCAGCCAGCAUGGGAUGUCAUCGAUGGCUUGCACAAGCACAUUAUCGAGUCUUCAUCACCAUCUGAGACGAAUGACAUAUAUGUCCAACAUGUCAAAGAUAGUAUUGAGCGACAGAAGCAUCACAAAGAUACCAUCAACGCUUGGAAGUCGUAUUGCGUCCAGAUGCAGAAGUCUUGGCAACUGAAUAUCGCAUCGGAAUGGCAGAAUGCGACGAGCUCGGGCCUGGCUCAGCAUGACCAAGGAUUGAUCCAGUGGAUCAGAGAUGGUUGGGGCUUUGAGUUUGACCGUGUUGAUGCAAGCGAACGCAUCUUCACCAAGCUUCCUUCGUUCGCCCAUCCUGAAGCCAACGGGAUGGGUGUUGUUGCUGGGACCCAGAUCUCCCUGGCAACUGGAGGCUCAGUGGCAGUCGAGCAGUUGAGUCCUGAGGCUCCCAUCCUGACUCACCGGGAGUCGAAGGACCAAUCGAACGUCGACAUCAGUGCAUCUACCGUAGGACUGUCUCUCGUGGGAUUUAACGGCGAGAAACCCUUUGCUUCCGAUGCUCAAGUCUUCCAUACUUCAACCGGUCUUCGAGCUGUCAAUCCAGAUGUCGCCAGACGUCUCAACCCACUCGCAAAGAUUGGCAAGUUGAAGGUUGGCCAUGUUCUCUACAGACGGAAGAAGGGACCACCAAAUGGCAUCACUGCGUAUGAGUAUCAGGAGAUCAAAUCCAUCGAAAUUGCACCCUCGGACUCACAACCUGUUUACAAUGUGCUGGGAUCUAACCUUCCAUCGUACCAUGCAAAUGGGUACUUAGUGAACACCAAUAAUGUUGAGAUUGACCUCGCCACCGCUGCCGAAUCAUUGAAACAGAUCCCCGCGAGCCAGUUGAUGAUAUUCCUAUCAUCAAUCCCAGAGUUGGCGAAUGUAUUCAGGCAGUAUGAUAUCAGGACAAUCCACGAACGGGUUACUGGGGAGCUUUAUGGGAGUAAGAGACUUCCUGCCAACGGGAACGACACAUUCACAAAUUCACAAUUUGUCUCUCCCGAUGAACGAAACAAAGCCAUAUACACAAGUGCCUGGGCGAGAAGCUCUGGUAUUUCCAUUGAAUGCCUGGACCUCCGACUCGAAUUGAGGAGCAGCAAACAAAUAGGAAGCCAUAGUUUACCAGCUGUCCGGAUUGUGGACGGCAUUUUGGUUUUGGAUGAGCACCCUCAACACUCUGCUGUCUUUGACCAGGGCCGCAGGACUUUCCGGUGGUCUCGAAAACUCCCAGAAGGCGGAAAAUGGGGGUUUGAACAUGGAUCAUUGCGAAUCUAUCCAGAUGGUACUGGCGGAUGCGGUGCUAUUCAACUGUCGUCCUCCAUGGAUGCGGUCGACAUUUCCCCCAAUUCUCUAGUCCCAUUCCACGCAGUUCCACCAUCAGCUGCUGCGAACAAGACAAAAGACGGUGAAUCUCAUCCAUAUGCGUCGGGCAACUCCUUAAUCAUCGAGCCCCAGUUCUAUGCAAAGCUAAAGUACGACAAAAGCAAAUGGCCCAAGGAUGCUCCCAAGCCAACCAGCCCUGAUCUUAUUGAUGGAGACAAAGUCGAGAUUGCGAUUUAUUACAGUGAGCAAAAGGGGACCGAAUUGACGUUGUCAGUUCCCGUGCUUGAUAAGCUACAGAAUGAUAUCAACCAGAAGUUUGGUUCUAAUCUUAGCACCUUCUACUCAACCACGAUUACUUCCACCAAGGAUGGCUUUCAGGCCAAUAUUGAAGUGGAUAACGCGUCUAUAAUGCCUUUUAUUUCCAGUGCAGGAGCGGAUAUAUCGAGUAAUUUCAACCUGGAUUUCAAAUCCACUCUAGGGAUUGACUCCAAAUUGCCGCUUCUGUUUCAGUCGAUGCAAAUCGACUUUGAUAUGGAUGAACGCGAGGCGACCGGGGCCGUUUUCGAGUAUAAUCCUCUGAUGCGUGGACUCAAUGGAGAUCGCCAUUUUCUAAAGGGUCGUAUGGGAAUCUCGAAUGAGCUCGGAGCACCUAGUACAGCGGAAAUGCGCAGUACAAUCUCGAAAAGCUUCGCCAAAGCCUACCCUAGCCCUGGUGUAUCUCAGAAUGAGCGGGUAAUCGGUCAACCUGCUCCUAUCACUAAGGAUCUCGAUGCCUAUACUGAUCGCACGGUGGACGGCCUGAAAAAGAUUGACUAUAAGGAUCAAAAUGUACAUAACGCAUCGCAAAGUAUCCUGUUAAACACACUAUACUACCAUAUGACGGAUAAGCAGAGAGAUAUAUUGAAAGUGACGAAGCCCAAGCUACCCACAGAUCUUGCUGAUGGUUUACCACAAAAGAUCCAAGAUUUCUUGCAGAAGGAGUACGCUCCUGCAUUCAUUGGCCAGAUGACCUCGACGGUGAAAGACUACGAAAAGGAACUCGAGGAACCAGAGAAGGAGAAGAUCUGGUACUGGUUCCAAGGCCAAGGCGACAAAUGCAUGUCCAAACGGCAGGAAUACAGUGAUCUCAAUAACCUCACUGCCAUCGAGGCCGUUAAGCAAAUCCAUGAAAGAGAUUUGGCCCCUUACAUGGGCACUGUGACGGACGCCAAAAUGUGGGCCAAGAAGCUGUACGAUGAUAUGAUCGAUGAAUGGAAUGUUUCUCUUUAUGCGAUGAAAUGCGCAGACAAUGGAGGAUACAUUCAAAUUAAUAAGAUUUGCAUGUUACUCAAUGUACUAGACCCAGAGGUCAACUUUGCAGAGGAAUGGUUUGAGAAAGUCAUUCCCGUAGUGAGGCACAAGCAUCUCACAUACCCUUGGAUUGGCCCCGAUGAAGCGCCAAACAAGCAGUUCAUCGAAGACGCGAUGCGCAACUUGAUUUUGGCAGUUUUCAGGGGAGAUAAGGACAUCACACCGGCUAUCCGUGCUGGACUCCUCAAGGAUUUGGAGGAUUUCGAGAAAGCGAAUAACAUACAGGUGGUGAGCGAUAUGACGCAGCGAGCGAACAAUAUCAUGACAAAGAUGGCUGUGUUCAAUGCGGAAAUCUCCAAAUGGCUUUCAUCCAUUGCCCAGGUUGUCAAGAAGGCGUUCAACGGGACCAGAAUGUUCACAUGGAUGGGGCAAGCAUUCGAAAAGGUAGCAAGUAAGGUUACAGGGAUCGUGAAUGCGCGGCUCAUGAAGGGGAUUGGAGUUCUAGCCAUGGGAGCCUUCUAUCUUUUCCAGAUCGGAUAUAGCGUUUUGAACUUGUAUCAGAACUGGGAUAAGCUGCGCGACGAUCAGCGGGCGACAAUCAUGAUGGAAACAAUCAGGGUUCUCUGCGAUGCAGCUGGCAAGGCAAAGGGUGCGUGGGAUCGGUACAAGAAGACCGGAGAACCUACUAAACCACAGGACUUUUUGGAUUCAACCGAGCUAGAUCAACAGACUGGAAAGAACCUUGGAUCCCAGGCUAAGGGGCUGGAUGAAAUGGGCGAGAAGGUUUAUGGCAAGAAGGGAUUGCGGAAAAUUGUUUCCGAAGGCAUGGCAGAAAAGGCACCGACCUCAAAGAUGAAGAAAGUGCUCAGAUGGAACGAGAGCCGCGAGAGCAUCCCGGAAGGACUUCCUGGCGAUGGUGCGAAGGUGGCUAAGAAGUUCAGCAUCCAGGGCAACUUUCUCCGCAUUUUGAAUGCGGCCAUUGGCAUUGGGGUGACAGUUUGCAUGACCUUCAGUUUGAUCCGCAACUGGGACGAUUUGACUACUGUCGGGAAGAUUCUGGAGACUGCCACGCUCAUUAUCCAGUUCCUCACUGUCGUGAUCGACAUCAUCGAAGUGGGCAGUGCCGUUGGCCUGUUCGCUGUCACCGGAACACUAGCAGUCGCUCUUCCUAUAAUUGGGGCGGUUCUGGCAGUUCUGGGGAUCAUUGUCAUGAUAUUGGGCUUCUUCCUGAACACUCAAGCACAACAUACACCCCCCGAUCCAGUCAAAGUAUACAUUAAGAACGAGGUAAAGUCUCUAGUGAAGAAUUGGGUUGAUGCCCCAAAGAACCGGCUCACGUACGACGUCCAGCCACAAAGCAUUGGCUCUGGGAAACAAAGUGCACUCAAUAUCAACGUGACCAACAAGACAAGCAGCGAAGUGACCCUUCAUAAUUCAUCAGUGACCAUCACCAGUGGCACAGAUGAAGUCUGUCUAUUCAAAGAGCAAACAAUCGAACUGGUCAAGAGCACCGAUCCCAAGAAAGACGCCCCCGGUCACGUUUACCUCAAUGCGGCUACAGUGGGCGGAAGUCUCAGCAAGACCGAUCUAGGGACCACGUCCGAGUACCACAAGUACACACUUGACAUUUUCGGUCCGGAAAAGAAAGAGGAAAAGUCAUUUGAGAAUUUGGUCCUUAAACCGAAUCAGACGUUUACGGCCAAAUGGUCGGGGACUGUGAACAAAGCGGGCUACUGUCUGGUUGAUAUCGUAGAGAGGUGGGUUAAGGAUAAUGCUCACAGUCAGGUCCCAAUUACGAGGACUUAGGGCCAGAAUGUGGUUGAGAUAUUUGUUGAAAUAUAGGAAUGAUAUGACGUAGAAUGAAUGGAUUGUUUGUUAUGUCUCCGAGG